UUCAGUCAUGAGCAGAUGGGGAUUACUGAUAGUUUUUAUUUGUUUUGAUGUCGUUAAUGCACACAGUGCAGAGUGUAAAGCUCAUCUUUUUUAUUACGAGUUUAUGUGCAGAAAGAGUUUGAGCAGAGCAGAGACUCCGGGCUGCGUUUCUCCGCCGAGCCUGCAGAGGCCGGAAGUGCAGCGGUGUGAGCCGGAAGUGACGGAGGGGAGCGGUUAAAGCGGCAGAGAGCGGUUGUGUUCUCACACUGCAGUGAUGGAGGUAACACGGCAAAGUUUUAAAGGGGCCCUCCGCGAGGUCCGCGGCGCGGUGCAGGAGGCCGACUUCCUGGCCAUCGAUGGAGAGUUUUCAGGUCUAAGCGACGGGCCGGCGGUGAGCAUGCUGACCAACGGGAUGGACACGCCGGAGGAGCGUUACAGUAAACUCAGGAAGCACUCGAUGGACUUCCUGCUCUUUCAGUUCGGCCUCUGUGCCUUCAGAUAUGACCAAUCGCAGUCCAAGUACUUCACGAAAGCUUUUAACUUUUACAUUUUCCCCAAACCGUUCAGCAGAGCAUCACCAGAUAUCAAAUUCAUCUGUCAGAGCUCCAGUAUUGACUUCCUGGCCAGUCAGGGGUUCGACUUCAACAAGGUGUUCCGUAACGGGAUUCCAUACCUGAACCAGGGGGAGGAGUCUCAGUUGAGGGAGCAGUAUGAGGAGAGGCGGAGCCAGAACAAUGGGGUGGGGACUCCCUCCUAUGUCUCGCCCACUUCUGGGAAGGGACCAAUGAACAUUCCUGAGGAGCACAAGGACUUCAUCAACAGAGUGGUAGAGAAAGUGGAAGCGCUUCUGAACAACUCUGAGAAGACGGUGGACUUGGAGCCGUGCUCUGGGUUUCAGAGGAAGCUUAUCUAUCAGACCCUCAACUGGAAGUUUCCCAAAGGACUUCAUAUUGAAACCGUGGAGAAUGAGAAGAAGGAACGUUUCAUCCAGAUCAGUCAGGUGGAUGAAGAGGAGAGGAAGAGGAUCGAGCAGCAGAAAUAUGAACGAGAGCAGGAGGAACUGAACGAUGCAGUCGGCUUCUCCAGAGUUAUCCAUGCCAUUUCUAAAUCUGGUAAACUGGUGGUUGGUCACAACAUGCUGCUGGACGUCAUGCACACCAUCCACCAGUUCUACUGCCCCUUACCUGAGGAGUUGGAUGACUUCAAAGAGGUCGCGAUGUGUGUGUUUCCUCGACUGCUGGACACGAAGCUGAUGGCGUCGAUGCAGCCUUUCAAGGAGCGGAUUACGAACACGUCUCUGGCAGAGCUGGAGAAGCAGCUAAAGGAGAAACCUUUCAAAGCCCCCAGAGUCGAAUGUUCUGAGGGAUUUCAGAGUUAUGACACUGCAUCUGAGCAACUGCACGAAGCUGGUUAUGAUGCUUACAUCACUGGACUCUGCUUCAUCUCCAUGGCCAACUACCUAGGUUCGUUCCUCACCCCUCCGAGAGCUCACAUCUCUGCUCAUUCUGAACUCCUUGAGCCUUUUUACAACAAGUUGUUCCUUAUGCGGGUGGUUGAUAUUCCUUAUCUGAACAUUAGCGGACCAGACUUGCAGCCGAAGCGGGACAACGUUCUUUACGUCACCUUUCCAAAAGAAUGGAAAACUAGUGACUUGUACCAGCUGUUCAGCGCCUUCGGAAACAUCCAGGUGUCUUGGGUGGACGAUACAUCAGCGUUCGUGUCUCUCAGCCAGCUGGAGCAGGUGCAGAUUGCGGUGAACACGAGUCAGUACGCAGAGAGUUACCGAAUCCAGACGUACGCAGAGUACAUGCAGUCUAAACAGAAAAGCACACACAUGCACCGGAAGUGGGGGGAAGGUGGGUGGGCGGAGCCUCCCUACCGUGCUGUUGCCAUGACAUCAACUUCUGCGGGACAUGACAGGUGUAUCUUGAGUGGGAAAAGGAGCAUCAGCCCCACUCGGGCCAAUCAGACCCCUGAGAGCAACUGGAGCACCUUUGGCAUCAAAAAGAGGAUUAGGAAAGAUGGUGCUGCGAGUGCUGACUCUUCCUUCUCCGACACUGUCGACUCAAAAAAGAUGGAUGAUUGGCUCAGAACAGUGCCUGAAGGGGGCGGAGCUUCUACAAGCCCAGAAAAGGAAGGAGGGGAGAUGGCAGAACCAUGGCCUCAGUCUUCAGCCAAUCAGAAUCAGGGGUCUCAGGCCACGUCAUCUGGUCUGUUUGACGUCCCUCAAGUUUGGUAGCGACGACCAAUCGGAGGUCUUCAUCUGAACACUGGGCUGACUGAUCAGCCAAUCUGGGGCCUCUACUUGAGCAAACGCGGCUCCCCAGCAGCCAGUUGGAAGAGACUUAAACUCCUACUGUUUCUUUGGAUUGACUGUUGGGAGGGACCACUUGCUCAACAGCCAAUAAGCAGAGAGCUUCCGAGACCACUCUCAUACAAGAGCCAAUCAGAAGCCUCCAUCUAAGAAUGCAGCCAAUCAGCAGAGAGGCUGCUGGAUCAUGCAGUCAAACAUGUGACCUGAAGCCAUAAACAUUCGUGUGGUAUCGCACACACAUGCACACGUGGUUUUACACUGUAAUGGCGUGUGUGUGUGUGUGUGUGUGUGUGUGUGUGUGAGAGAGCGCUGUAGCUGAUCCUAGAAUGGGUGUCGAACAUUUAAAAAUGUGGUAAUCAAAUAUUUUUAAACACUGUAUGUAUGGUUUUGUUUGAUGUAUUUUUUAAGAGUGUGUUUCUAGUGUAAAUCAACCCUGUCCCCACUUUUUUUAAGUGAACACGCCCUUUUUGAGCAGCUCUAUUUAUUUUGUGUGUGUGUGUGCGUGUCAGUCAAUGUCAUCUCUCGUCUCACGGCUGGGGGGGAGUCCAAAAUAAUAUUUUGUCAGAAGAAUGCCUGUAACUUGUUUUUCUUUUGUAUGAUGUCCUCUUUCUGAGAGGAGAAAAGAAUUAAAGACUGUUUCUUA